AUGGGCUCGGAAGGCAAGAAAAGGGUGGCCAUUGUGGGCGGAGGAAUCAGCGGCUUGGCUUCGCUCAAGGAAUGUCGCGCAGCAGGUUUCGAAGCCGACAUUCUCGAAGCGCGCGGCGAGAUUGGUGGGCAAUGGGCCUAUCAACCCAUCUCGCCGCACACGAAGGACCAGGGCCCCAUCUACUCGUCCAUUUACGACGGCGUCGUGCUCAACAGCUGCCGUGACACUUCCGGGUUCACCGACUUCCCGAUCGACCCGGCCCGGUAUGGCGACUACUUCGGUCACCGCCAGAUGUUGCAGUACAUCAAGGAGUAUGCAGACCACUUCGGCCUGAAGGAACAUGUCCGCCUACGGACCAAGGUCAUUGGCUGUGUGCAGACCGAAGACCAGAGAUGGCGUGUCACACUCCAACAGGAAGGCAAAGAGGUGGAAGAGAAGGUGUAUGAUGCCGUCUUCGCCGCUUCCGGCGCUUUGAUCAAGCCCAUGGUGCCCGACUUCAAGGGGAUGGAGUCGUUCAAGGGCGAGUGCUUCCACAGCCAGUCUUACCGCACACCGGGCCGAUUUGAAGGCACGCGGGUGGCCCUUAUCGGUCUUGGAUCGGGUGCUGUCGACCUUUCAAGUGAGCUUGCUCCGGGCUGCAAGGAAGUCCAUGUCGUUACGAGAAAGGGUGGUUGGAUAUUACCUCGUUAUGUGCUCGGGAAGCCUACCGAAGCAUGGGACAACCGAGCGACGCAGGUCUGGGUGCCGCUGUCGGUUUCCCAGUGGCUCCAGACGGUGUUGCUGAACACGGUUCAGGGCAAACACCCCGAGGAGCUGCAGCCGGACCACCGCAUCAUGGAACAGAACCCGACCAUCAGGAGCGAAUUCCUCGAACGCGUCCGCACCGGGGCUAUCCAGGCGCAUCGAGCUGAGAUCGACUCAUUCACGGAAACAGGACUGAAGCUCAGCAACGGCACCCACUUGGACGUCGACGUCGUCAUCUGCUGCACCGGCUAUCAUCAUUCUCUGCCGUACCUGCCCACGGAUGUCAUCAGCUCCCCGGCGACGCCGCCACACUCGGUUGAUCUGUGGAAGAUGAUGGUGCCCCUCAAGCAGAGGAGCCUGUUCGUCAUGGGCUUCCUCGAGCUGGCCGGGCCCGCGGCGCCGGCGUUGGAAGCCCAAGCCCGCCUGGCCGUCGCCGCACUGGAGGGGCGCGUCAAGAUCCCGGAAAGCCAGCAGAUGGAAAAGGAAAUCAGGACGUUUCAGGCCUGGCAGGCCAAGACGUUUGUGCGUUCGCCGCGGCACUCGCUCACCGACCACUACGUGCGCUACGUCGACAGUGUGUUGGCUCCCCUGGGCGCAAACCCGACGAUGGGGAGGCUCCUGCAACAAGUGUUCAGCAGUGGGGAUCCAUGGAAGGCGCUCAAGACGCUGAACGCCGUCUACUUCGGCAUCACCAGCAGUGCGCAGUGGCGACUCUGUGGACACGGCAAAGACGAGAUGCUGGCUCGUGAAACUGUGCUCCGCAUCGCGGAUGGCAAGGAGACACUGAGCCAGGAGGAGGUCAAGUUGCUGAGCAAGACAGGAACACAUACAAAAACACAUACAGGAACACAUACAGGAACACCGACAGGAGCACCCGAUAAACUUGACUCUGAGUCAUCGCACAGUCCUUAA